AUGGUAAAUAAAUACAAGAGAAAAACAGAACAGGCGACCUGGUGUGAAACGGCCAUGAAGAAUGCAAUGAAGGAAUCUGAGACCACUGCGGUUUCUGCGGCUUCUAAAAAGUAUGGUAUCCCACUUUCUACUCUACAAAGACAUCUGAAAAAGGGCAGUUGCAGUAAAAAUCUUGGAGGAUAUCGAAGAGUAUUCAAGGAUGAGCAAGAAGCUGAGUUAUUGCAAUAUGUAUUUCAAGUCGAUUAUCUUUUCUACAGCUUAACUAAAAAUGAAUUUUUUAAACUAGUCUAUGAGUAUGCAGAACGCAAUAAUAUCGUUCAUCCUUUUAAGAACAGCAGUGUUGGAAAUGAUUGGUACUUGGGUUUUAAAAAACGACAUUCUAAUAUAGUUGUUAGGCAACCAGAGCCAACAUCAAUUGCAAGAGCACGAGGUUUCAAUCGGCCUCAAGUUUGCAGAUUUUAUGAUUUGUUGGAAAGAGAAAUUGAUAAGCAUGACAUUGAUCCAACAAGAAUAUACAAUAUGGAUGAAACUGGCAUUCAUGCAUCCAGUAAUAAAUUUCCGAAAAUUUUGUCAAAAUCAGGGGAAAAACAGGUGGGUGUAAUUUCAAGAGCGGAAAGAGGAAAAUCGACGACUGUUAUCUGCUGCUGUAACGCGGCUGGAUCUUUUAUACCUCCAUUUUUAAUUAUGGUAGAAAAAGAAUGUGACGCCCUUGAAUAUGCUAGAAAAAAUAAUGUGAUUUUUGUAUCGCUGCCUCCUCAAACAACUGAUCGCAGGCAACCUCUGGACGGCUGCGUUUAUGGACCGUUCAAAACUUGCUAUGAAAAAGAAGUUUUAACUUUUCAACGAAGCCAUGUAGGUAGAAUAAUUACUCAGUACGACGUAGCUUCACUUGUUGGGAAAGCUUAUUUGAAAGCAGCUAGUGCGCAAAAUGCUGUUCAAGGAUUUAAAUCCUCAGGAAUAUGGCCCACGGAACGACACAUAUUUAGUGAUGCUGACUUUCUGCCAGCUAGUCUGACAGACAGGGCUGAAGUUAUUGAAAACACCAACGAUAGCCCAUCACAUAUUCAAUCUAUUAAUGCUGGUCGACUUUCUAAUAAUUCUGAUAGCUCUACUUCUACAUCUGUAUUUGAAAACGUGGAUCACAUUUACUCUCAAGCUUCAAGGAUUUCGCUACGACCACAAACGAAGAAACUUCGUAUGAUCCAGCUGUUGAAGAUGAUCCUUCAUGUUCUACGACAACGAGUGGCAAUUCAUUUCAACCAGUAG